UAUCUUGCUGAUUUCAUUUUCAUUAAAUUAUGUAAACAUCUACAAGGAACUAGGUGGAACUGAAUGGAUUUAUAUUGGGUGUUCGGUUUAUUGAGACUAGAUGGUUGAUGAAAUGCAUAUAGUUUGGCAUAUCAUGUUUGAUAAACUACUCAAUGGUAGUACACACUUCUUUUCCACUGAUGUUGAGCUAUCCCUUGAGAAUAAUACAAGAGAUCACACUUCAUGAAUUAUACUUCUCUAGGCAUCUCAGUCAUAAGUUAUUUUAUACCAUGUCAAUAUUUUUGGAACUUAUCUUAUUAAAUGAGCUCAAUAGCAAUUGAAUUGGAGGGUCACCACGUUUGCAAUUUAGCACUAGCUUAUUUGGAAAUAAACCAGCAGUCGUCCACCCCGCCCGCAGUAACCAAUGCCCUUCUCCACACCACGAUCUACUCCUGCAGUCCAACACGCCAUCCUCGCAUCUAAAAAAAAAACGCUGCCCUACCCUUCCUUGAGGCUACCAAGCACCAGGAGUCCUUGGGUGACAACCAUAAGGCCCCAAUCUCGCCCUCGAGGCGCUAGGGGCCCUGCAGGAGUCGUAUGGCCAUGGCGUCUGGUCACUCCCGGUCGUGACGUACCCUCCGCCUCGCCGUUCACACGACCUCCUCUUCUGCAGCCCUGAGUCUCCGGCCACCGCCAUGAGAUCGGUGGGGGCACCGAGAUGGCGACUAUCGGGGCCGCCGUGCACGAUCAGCGCGGGCACAAAAUGACCAUGGCGCUGAUGGGUGGCGGAUCUGCGCCGCACAGCGUUUACUACCGGAGUCGAGGACCCUAAUCUCACACAUCCUGACCCAGGUUGCCAAGUCCCCACAUAAAUUUCAUACAUAGUGCAGAUAAUAUAGCACCUGGAUAUUGUGGACUGAAAUAUUCCAAUCUGAUCUUCAUUUGCACUUGGUUCAGACCGCUCUGUAAAGGAGCACUUCCCUUGAUUGUUACUACUACUGCAGGUGGUAACUAGGGAGUCUUUUCUAAACCAUAUAAUGCCACAUAUUAUCAUUGUCUGCUUAAGAUUAAGUGUAUUUUUGAGUGAGAGCGAAGAGAUACAUAAUUAAGUCUAAGUGCAGUAUCAGUUCUUGUUCAGUUCUGAACUAUGUCCAAGUGCACUGUAAGUUCUUAUACAUUUUGAUUACAACUGUUUAAAUAUUGUAUAUCAGACCAACAGGUUUUCAGAGCCAAACAUCAAAUAUAGCAGUAUACCCUGUACUGCCAAGUAUAGGGGCAUCAAUUGCGUAUGAAAGUUGUGUCUGGGCACAAAUCUAUGGAUUUUUUUUUGCAACAAUCAUCCUACAUAUUAAUUCGAGUCUAAUUCAUAUUUGCUAGACACUUAUCACUUUGUUAAAAAUCUACAUGUCUAUGUUUACAUGAAAAAUAUUAUCUGCACUCUGUAGAUAUAUUCUAGGUGCAGAUUUAGUGGAGCACUCAAGUUUGGUUCAAUAUAAAGUGUCGAAAACAUUAAUUUAUGGACAUACAUAGUUUUCAGAUUAUUUUAGGUAUUAUUUCAUUCACAAUAUUGAUGCUCAAGAGCCUAUGUUGCAUCCUAAGUUUAUCCUCUGAGUUCAAAAAAGUCACUUGAUAGAUACUUUUUUACUCCCUCCAUUUGGUAAUAUAAUAAGUUUAAGCAAGCUAGAAUUUUUCAUGGGCAGUCAGCUCUUUAUGUAUGGCUCUGGAAUGAAAUAGAGUGCUGCUUGUUUCACUCUCUUAUUUACAUGGGAUGUGGCACUUUUGACAUGCCAGUCUAUAGUUGUAAAGGGGCAUCCUCUAGAUCUAGAAGUUUAUAUCGAUUUUACAAAGGAUAGCAAAUAAUUCAAAUCUCUUCCUGAAAUAACUUCUCAUCUCUUAACUUCAUUUAAGUGAAAAUGUUAUUAAUCUUGUAAUUAUCAAAAAGGAAACAAACCACGGGCUCAACAAAUCUUUCUACCAUACACACAUUCAUCUAUUUAUUCUUUGUUGAUCCGUAGCAGCGCAUAUCGGAUGAUUAAAAUCACAUCCGCAAUCCUGCUAUCAUAGUUUUUAUUAGUUUAUCUUUUUGUACAAAAUGUAGUGAAGUUCUGAUGUAGAGGUGGUUACAUUGAUUAUUCCCAAGCACAAAUGAAUUGUUGAUUUUUGUGCUAACAACAGGUUUGCCCACUAAUGGUCAAGCUAGGCAGCUGUCCUAUAAGCCUUCUGAUUGCCAAUAGAGGUUUCUUAAUUAUAAUAACUACACCGCCAAGUUUGGUUGAUAUUCUGUCAAAUCUAUUCCUUGCACCGUUCUGUGUGGUCUUUAUGCUGUCAGCAUGUGCCGUCUUCUCAAAGACAUGCAUUGAAUUCUCUGUUUCAUCUGCCAAUGAUGUUUCUGAACAGCUAGAGGUCAGAAAGAAGGCAGUUGUGAUUAGGUUGGCUGAAGAGUUUAGGUUGAAGAAUGACCCUCGCUGCCACUCUCUACAUGAGUCGAAUUCCUUAAUACCUACCGAGCAUCACAAAUGUUUUGAAACUGUUCAACGACGAUAGCGACGCUAAUGCCAUCCAUUGGGAUAGGUUGCAACUCAACGCGUUGGACACCAGAAAUGGUUGCUGCAAGUAAUACAGGGUUGCCAUGCCUGAGAAGAAUGACUACCAAUUGUAUAACAAUAUCGCAUUGCUUGACUUCAACAGUGAUGAAGCUGAAGACAACAUUUGUGACGUUUGAUCAAGUGAAUUCAAAAGGCCUCCUAGACUAGAUCUAGGUGAAUAAUAAAUUAGUUUAACCCUUGCUUUCUGUCCAUGACAUCCAAUUUGCUUUACUGAAAUAUGCUUCAAGGAUAUUGGAAUCGUAAUGUUUUUUGGACAUAUAUAAAUUGCCAACCAAGAGCAUGUAUGCCCAAUACACUACGUAGCUUUAUAUUUUUCUAUAAACGUGUAUUUUCACAUGGAUCAUAUUUAUAUAUGAGACUAAAAAGAAAGACCGUGGCAACGC